AUGCCUGCGCGAGCCAGAGCAAGACCGAAAAGGUCUUCAGAAGGCAAGGUCCUGAAGAGAAAAAGGGAGAACGAUGAUCAUGACAGGCUGAAAAAGGCGAUUGACGAAUUUGAUCCCAAGGCUGCCCCCGUCAAGAGUUUUACCGAUCUCCCCAUCUGCGAAGCCACCGCAUCCGGCCUGCGAGCCUCCCACUUUGAUACCCUUACCGAUGUCCAAGCCCGCGCCAUUCCCUCCGCUCUCAAGGGCAACGACCUCCUCGCCGCCGCAAGGACUGGCAGUGGCAAGACGCUCGCCUUCCUAAUUCCUGUUCUCGAGAAGCUCUAUCACGCCCGGUGGACCAACAAUGUCGACGGCCUGGGCGCCCUCAUCAUCUCGCCCACCCGUGAGCUAGCCGUCCAGAUCUUUGACGUCCUGCGCAAGAUUGGACGUUACCAUGACUACUCCGCCGGCCUGGUCAUCGGCGGCAAGAGCCUGAAAGAGGAGGCAGAGCGCAUUGAUCGGAUGAAUAUCCUCGUCUGCACUCCCGGCCGCAUGCUGCAGCACCUCGACCAGAGCUUUGGCCUCAACGUGUCCGACCUGCAGAUCCUAGUGCUCGACGAGGCGGACCGCAUCAUGGACAUGGGCUUCCAGCACGCGGUGGAUGCCCUGGUUGAGCACCUUCCCAAGGAGAGACAGACUCUGCUGUUCAGCGCCACCCAGAGCAAGAAGGUCUCGGACCUGGCCAGAUUGAGUCUGAAGGACCCGGAGUAUGUGUCAGUCCAUGAGGCCGCGGAGACAGCAACACCGAGCACGCUCGAGCAGUCGUAUAUUGUCACACCGCUUCCCGAGAAGUUGGACACAUUGUACGGCUUCAUACGAUCAAGCCUAAAGAGCAAGACGGUCGUGUUUUUGUCGUCUGGCAAGCAGGUGCGAUUCGUAUACGAGACAUUCCGUCAGCUACAACCUGGUAUUCCCCUGCUACAUCUGCACGGGCGACAAAAACAGGAGGCACGGUUGCAGGUCACCCAGAGGUUCACAUCGGCGAAGCACGCCUGCCUGUUUGCCACGGAUGUGGUGGCACGAGGUGUGGACUUCCCUGCAGUCGACUGGGUCAUCCAGGUGGACUGCCCUGAAGACGCGGAUACAUACAUCCAUAGGGUCGGCCGGACAGCCAGGUAUCAGAGCAAGGGACGGGCAGUUUUGUUCCUCGACCCGAGUGAGGAAGAAGGCAUGAUAAAGAGGCUGGAGCACAAGAAAAUCCCCCUACAGAGGACCAACGUGAAGGACCACAAGAAGAAGAGCAUCAGGAACCAGCUGCAAAGCAUGGCAUUCAAGCAGCCGGACAUCAAAUACCUGGCACAGAAGGCAUUCGUCACCUACGUCCGCUCGAUAUACCUCCAGAAGGACAAGGAGGUGUUCGAUAUGAAGAAGCUGGACUUGGACGGAUACGCAUCCAGUCUAGGUCUGCCGGGUACACCACAGAUCAAGUUCCAGAAGGGUGAAGACAUCAAGAAACUCAAAAACGCACCAAGGAUGGCACAGUCGAGCGGGUCAGAAGACGAAUCAGACGACGAGGGCAGGAAACCAAAGGGCAAAGAGGAAGUCCGAACAAAGGUGCAGAAGAUGUUCGAACGAACGAACCAGGACGUCCUGUCGAGCCACUACCGCAAGAUGGUUGGCGAUGGGGACGACGACGACGAUGACGAAGAAGCCGACUUCUUCAAGGCGAAACGCGUCCUGAACGAUGAAGAUCUGGACCAGGCCGCAGCGAAGCGCAGUGGUCGCGGCGGAGACGAUGCACAGCCCAAGGUGGUCGACCUUGGCGGGGACCAGCAGCUGAUUGUGGACUCGAAGCGCCGCGAGAAGCUGCUGACGUCCAAGAAGAAGCUGCUCAAGUUCAAGGGCCACGGUCAGAAGCUCGUGUUCGACGACGAGGGCAACGCGCACCCGAUCUACGAGCUCAUCGACGAGGAGGGCUUCAAGGCACAAGGCCCUGUGGAGGAGCUGCGUCGGCAGUUUGUCGAGGGCGAGAGCGGCAAGGUGGCCGAGGCGGACGUCGAAGACAAGGAGCUCGCGAGACAGAAGCGCAAGGAGAAGAGGGAACGGCGAAAGAUGCUCGAGAAGAUGGAGCGGGGCGAGGGUGCUGGCCCUGCCGGGCCCGUGGCACAACUGGAGGACGCAGACGGGGACGAAGAGGAUCCGCUUGCGCUGCUCCAAUCGUUGCCUAUCGCUGGUGGUCCUGGAAGUGCGGGCUCGGAGGAGGACGAGGAGGACAGAGAGCCGAGGACGAAGAAGGCGAAGAAGUGGUUCCAGGACGACUCGGAUGAGGAGGAGGUCAGGAGGAAGAAGGCCAAGAAGAAGAAGGGCAAGAAGGUCAUCGAGAUGGCCGAGGAGCCGGAGACGCUCGAGGAUCUCGAGGCCCUGGCUGCUGGACUGUUGGAUGGAUAAGAAGAUUGGGACAAUGAUCGCAUGGUAUAUGGAUUUUCUGAGCCUUGCAACCUCAAUCGAGUGCACUUGCCCGCCAUUGGUGAAGGUGGUUCGAGGUGUGGCAGUGACCUUGUGUGCAUCCUAUGAAACUUUCCAGUGCCGAGGUACCUG